AUGAUGGCCAGUUUUGAUCGUGAACAAUUAUUCACCAUUGUCAGCUUAGUGCUACUCAUAAGUCUGACAGCGACAUCGAUCGGAGAGGACACUACUCUAACAAGUGAAUCGAAGCCGAAACUACUGCAAGCUGCUCAAGCGUUCUACUUCAUUGCUUUGUUCGCCUUCGUCUUCGCGCUCAUACUAUACUCAGUAUACACCUUUAAAUUCCGCAGCAAAGCUUUGAAAUAUGCCUAUAUCGCAUUGAUUGUAUCAGGAUUUGUGUGUGCAGUACUCAGUGUUAUCAUGUACUAUCAAGCAUUCUCCAAAUAUCGUACAGUUAAACCGGAAUCGAAUUCAUGGCUGAUUGCAGCUAUAAUGGCGGCCUUCCAAUUGAGUGUUAAAAUUGUUUCUGUUUCUCUGGUAAGAACUGAUGAAAAGUCAGUACGGUCGGAGUGUUACACGACGCGGGAUGAUUGUUGCCCUUCAGAUGAUGAAGAAGAAAUCCCUGGAAGUUUUGUUAGUGUAUUAAUUUCAAGGCGUAGCUGGUAUCGAAUUUACUUGUCUGCACACAUGACAUAUAUUGAUAUCAACAAAGCUGUGUUAAUAGUAUUGUUAAACACCCCUGAGGGUGAAGUUUAUUAUUUUCAACCGUUAACACAUGAUGCUAAAUCGUGCAGUGAACUUUUGAAGUUACCCUAUGAAAUUAAUGGGGAAUUUAUAAAAGACUCUUCAGGAAAUAUACUCUACACUUAUAUUGCAAAGCAUAAAGCCACACAACUCUAUCAUAAAGAUGAAAUCUUUGGUUCUCCUGUAAAUGUGUCUCGACCAGAAACACUGUACAUUGAAUGCAAAACAUUCUUACUACCUGAAUAUGAGAUCUAUGCAUACUUCCUAAACAAGGAUACAGAAGCAAGAUGUACUUCUAAGUCCUAUACGAAACUGAAUGGAAACGAACAUGCAAUAGGGUUCACUGAGGGUAUACAAAUUAAAUAUGAUUAUUGGGAGUGGACUGGAAUUGCGAAAUUCGCUUGUGAGAUAAAUCGUUCAGGAAUAAUAAUGGUGUACACAACUACGACACAAAAUAUGGAUAGAGUUAAGAGCGAUAUACGUCACCAGAUUUCUAUUCUCUACAAUAGAGUAAAUGAGAAAGAAUUCGACAUCUACUUGAAUGAAGAUCUCGACACCGAUUAUAGACUAUUUGCAGUGAAAUUGAAAUCAAAGAUUUAUCACGACAUUUCAGAAACAAUUUCAUUGCUUGUACCAUGA